AUGCCGGCGGCGGCCGGGGACGGGCUCCUGGGCGAGCCGGCGGCGGGGGGCGGCGAGGACGCGGCCCGGCCGGCGGCGGCCUGCGAGGGAAGUUUCCUGCCGGCCUGGGUGAGCGGCGUGCCCCGUGAGCGGCUGCGCGACUUCCAGCACCACAAGCGCGUGGGCAACUACCUGGUCGGCAGCAGGAAGCUGGGCGAAGGCUCCUUCGCCAAGGUGCGCGAAGGGCUGCACGUCCUGACCGGAGAGAAGGUGGCCAUAAAGGUCAUCGACAAGAAGAGAGCCAAGAAGGACACCUACGUCACCAAAAACCUUCGGCGGGAGGGGCAGAUCCAGCAGAUGAUCCGCCACCCCAACAUCACGCAGCUGCUCGACAUCUUGGAGACGGAGAACAGCUACUACCUGGUCAUGGAGCUGUGUCCCGGGGGCAACCUGAUGCACAAGAUCUACGAGAAGAAGCGGCUGGAGGAGCCCGAGGCCCGCAGAUACAUCCGGCAGCUCAUCUCCGCCGUGGAGCACCUGCACCGGGCCGGGGUGGUCCACAGAGACUUGAAGAUAGAAAACUUGCUACUGGAUGAAGACAACAACAUCAAGCUGAUCGACUUCGGGCUGAGCAACUGCGCGGGGAUCCUGGGCCACUCCGACCCGUUCAGCACGCAGUGCGGCAGCCCCGCCUACGCCGCGCCCGAGCUGCUCGCCCGGAAGAAGUACGGCCCUAAAAUCGACGUCUGGUCCAUAGGCGUGAACAUGUUCGCCAUGCUGACGGGGACCCUGCCUUUCACCGUGGAGCCGUUCAGCCUGAGGGCUUUGUACCAGAAGAUGGUGGACAAGGAGAUGAACCCCCUCCCCACGCAGCUCUCCACAGGAGCCAUCAACUUCCUGCGCUCGCUGCUGGAGCCGGACCCCGCGAAGAGGCCCAACAUCCAGCAGGCCCUGGCGCAUCGCUGGCUCAAUGAGAACUGCGUGGGCAGAGUGCCCUGCAACGUCACCUACCCCAACCGGAUCUCGCUGGCGGACCUGAGCCCGAGCGUGGUGCUGCACAUGACCGAGAAGCUGGGCUACAAGAACAGCGACGUGAUCAACACCGUGCUGGCCAACCGCGCCUGCCACAUCCUCGCGAUCUACUUCCUCCUGAACAAGAAGCUCGAGCGCUACCUGUCGGGGAAGUCCGACAGCCAGGACGGCCUCUGCCCCAAGACCCAGCUCUCCCAGGUGGACCGGUGCAGGCCCAGCAAGGAGCCCUACGAGGCCUCCCUGGACGCCUGGACGCGAGACCUGGACUUCCACGCCGUGCAGGAUAAAAAGCCCAAAGAACAAGAAAAAAGAGGGGACUUCCUUCACCGGCCAUUUUCCAGGAAGUCGGACAAGACGCUGUCCUCGCACAGGCCGCCCCCAAGCUCGCCAGUGACGCAGGUGCAGAGCACCCGGGUGCUGCUGAGGGACCGCAAGGCCACCAAGUCCGGCUUCCCCGACAAAGAUCCCUUUGGCUGCCGCAGCAUUUUCCGCAGAACCUCAGACUCCCAUUGUGUGGCUUCCUCCUCCAUGGACUUCAUCGCCGUCCCGCCGCCCCGGACCCCCAGGGUGGCCAAGAAGGCGGAGCCCCCGCAGCAGGGCCCGGGGAGCAGCGGCAGCCCCCCCAGGGAGGACCCCCUGGCGCUGGACAUGGUCCGCUCCUUCGAGUCUGUGGACCGCGACGAGCAGCUGGAGCUGCUGUCCCCGGCCCGUCACUGUGGGGCGCUGGGCUCCCCAGGGGGCUCGGCGCGGGGCAGCCCCGGGGAGCGGGCCCUGCCCCCGGCCCUGCCGCCCGGAAGCCCGCUGCCUCUCCAGGCUCCCCUGCAUCCCGCUCUGGUCUGCUUUGCCCACGAAGAUAGGAGCUGCCCCCCGAAAGAGGGGGGCGUGUGUGCCCCGCCUCCUGUUCCUAGUGCCGGCGCCGCGCAGCCGCUGGGGAGCCCGAACUGCGUGAAAAGCCGCGGCAGGUUCCCCAUGAUGGGCAUCGGGCAGAUGCUCAGGAAGCGGCACCAGAGCCUGCAGCCGGCCGCGGACAGGCCCCUGGAGGCCAGCACGCCCUCGCUGCUGCCCGCCGCGCCCGGGGGCCUCCCCUUCGACCUGGCCGACGGCGUCCGGGGCCAGUGCUGA